AUGAUCAGUCUUCAACAAUUAUCAUUCUCGACUGCCCUCGAGGCUGUUCUUCUCAUUUAUGUUGUUAAAUGGGCCCUGGUCUCAUUGAUGCAUGCCCAGCGAGCUCGGCGAAUGGGUUGUAAGCCCGCCUUUGUCCGACCGAGCAAGCUUCCGCUGGGUAUUGAUAUUGUGAAACGAUAUAUGGAUACGAUGGAGGAGCAUAUCCUUCAGAAUGAUGAUUUGGUGCUAUACGAAGAGUUAGGCCGCCGCCCGACGUGGAAUCAAAAUCUCCUUGGUUCUUGGCACCACAUAACAACAGACCCAAAGAAUGUGCAGGCUAUGCUUGCGACGCAAUUCAAGGAUUUUGAGCUUGGCCCUUUUCGGCGUGCUAUGUUCAACCCGGUCAUUGGGAAGGGCAUCUUUACUACUGAUGGGACGGAUUGGCAACACUCUCGCUCUCUUCUUCGCCCACAAUUCACUCGAGGCCAAGUUGCUAAUCUGCAGCUGGAGGAACAGCACUUCCAGCACCUCCUCGGUCGUCUCCCAGUUAAAUCUGACUCGUGGACGUGCACUGUGGAUUUGGCGCCCUUGUUUUUCAAUCUGACUCUAGACUCUGCAACCGAAUUUCUCUUUGGACAGUGUGUGAAUUCUCAGAUUACUUCAUUGAAGAAAACUCAGGGGCUCAAGCCUGCGGAGCCCACACAAGAUGGUCUACCCGACGGAUACUCCUUUGGUCAGGCUUUUGACCGAGCCAAUGGAGUGGUCGCGUACCGAAGUAGGCUGAUGAGUCUGUACUUUCUCUACAAUCCUGCGCAAUUUCGCAAAGACUGUGCAGAAAUCCAAAACUUUGCCCGUUUUUAUGUCAACCUUGCUCUUACUGGGGGCCUGCAGCCUGGGGAGAACAAAUCUGUCCCAGGGGACCAAAAUGACUCUGGCUACGUUUUUCUCCGGGAACUUGCCAAGGAAACACAAGAUCCCGAAGAGCUUCGUACUCAGCUUCUCAACAUUCUACUGGCCGGUAGAGACACAACGGCAGGUCUUUUAGGAUGGACGUUUUAUCUACUCUCACGUCAUGUGGAUGUUUACGAAAAGCUACGUACCGCUGUCAUUGAAGCAUUUGGGGAAUUUUCCAGUACCAAUACUAUUACCUUCGAGUCCCUGAAGUCAUGUUCCUAUCUGCAGCAUGUUUUGUCUGAAGUUCUACGACUUCAUCCAGUUGUUCCUGAGAAUGGUCGCCGCGCGGUCCGAAACACUACACUCCCUCGUGGGGGCGGCCCAGAUGGUACAUCGCCAAUCUAUAUCCGCGCUGGGGAGGAUGUUGGCUACAACGUGCAUGUUAUGCAUCGCCGGAAGGAUAUCUGGGGUGAUGAUGCUGACCAGUUUCGUCCUGAACGGUGGAUAGGACUCAGACCAGGAUGGGAAUACUUGCCCUUUAAUGGUGGUCCAAGGAUCUGCUUGGGACAGCAAUUUGCCCUCACUGAGGCUGGAUAUGUGGUCGUGCGGAUGCUUCAGCGAUUUGACAAAGUGGAAAACAUGGACCCGUCAACAGUGGUCAAACAUAAAUACACGUCGACCACUGCCCCCGUUCAGGUCCUUGUGCGACUACAUGGCAGUUCCUAA